UCUCGUCAAAUCGUGGGUGUCAAGGUGUCAUGUCAUGUCAAUAUUGUCAAUUAAGUCAGUCAGUUGUGUGUGUACUGUGCGAAAUGCGCACAGUCGAUUACUUUGAAAUAGUGUUAUAUUAAUAUAUUUACAACUAUGACGUGAAUACUUUAGAUAAAUUAAAUUAAGCUCCACCGCUUAAAAAGUAGCAUUUUCUUUUUAUGUAUCAGUGAAGUAAAUUCGUGAUAAUGUUCAAUUACAAGUAUUUGAGUAAAGACCACUUGGAGGGUUUCGAUAAUUAUAAGUAUAUGGCGAUAGACACAAGCCCCCUCAGUGUCUAUGUUAUGCACCCGUUUUGGAACAAAGUGGUUGAGUUGGUACCCCGCUGGGUGGCUCCGAACCUGCUCACAUUCCUCGGGUUCCUUCUCACCGUACUCGACUUCGUUCUUCUCUCGUGGUACGACUACUCGUACACGGCCGCCAGCGCCAGGAACGAGACCAUAGUGGAGUUGGGCAAGAGGCCUGAGAUCAUACCGCAGUCGCUGUGGUACUUCUUAGCGGUGUUCCUGUUCCUUGCGUAUACGCUAGAUGGUAUCGAUGGCAAGCAGGCGCGCCGCACGCUGACCUCAGGCCCGCUGGGGGAGCUGUUCGACCACGGGCUGGACUCGUACUCGGUAUUCUUCAUCCCGGCCUGCCUCUACUCCAUCUUCGGCUGUAUGGAUUUCUCUGUGAAGCCUAUAAGAAUGUACUACAUAAUGUGGAACAUCCUGCUCAACUUCUACCUCAGCCACUGGGAGAAGUACAACACGGGCGUGCUGUUCCUGCCGUGGGGUUAUGAUUUCAGCAUGUGGGCGUCGACAAUAUUUUUCCUGUGGACCGGACACGCGGGCACGGUGUGGUACAAGCGGUACCUAGUGGGCGGGUACACACUCGCCGACGGCUUCGAGUGGCUCGUGUACGCCACCGGCGUCCUCACCAACCUGCCCGUGGCGCUCUACAAUACGUACCAAUCAUACAAACUCCGCACAGGCAAGAUGCGCUCAUUCACAGAAGCACUUCGACCACUGUGGUCCCUAUUAUCAGUAUUCGUAGUAUGCAGUGUAUGGGUGCACUACUCAGAACGACUGCCGGAGUACGACCCCAGGAUGCUGUUCUUACUUAUCGGGACGCUUUUCAGCAAUGUCGCUUGUCGCCUAAUAGUGAGCCAGAUGUCCAACCAGCGCUGCGACGCGGUGAGCUGGCUGCUGUGGCCGCUGCUGCUGGGCGCCGCGGCGGGGCUGGCGGCGCCGCGCCACGAGCCCGCCGCGCUCUGCGGCGUCACCGCGCUGGCGGUGCUGGCGCACGUACACUAUGGGGCGUGUGUGGUCCAGCAGAUGUGCGCGCACUUCCGAAUAAAGUGCUUCCAUAUAAAGAAGCGCGACGAUUGACUCUUAGAAGACAAUGCGUGUUAGUAGCUGACAUCACAACAUAUCCAUAACAACGCUCUGCUCCAACUGUUCGGUACUAGAGAAAAUGUUACCCCGCCUUUAUGUCUGUAAGUUAACUCUGUUCAGAAUUAUCGAUUUUAUCAACUAAAAUAAGGUCGCUAAGCACAGUGUAUUUUGCACAUUGACCCACCUGUUUUAUCUCUAAGUACGGUCAAAAGAUUUCAUUUGUGACCCAUUUCUUACCUUGUGAAAUAGUAUGAGGUCUCUAGUGACUUUCAAGUUGUUUGUCACUGUGACAAGCUACGAAAUGGAUCACAAAUUAAAUCUUUUGACUGUCAUAAUUAAAGAUCGACAUGAAAUAUAUGAUCAUUGUUGGGGCGUUGUUAUUCUCAUGUAUAGGGUGACAGUUCAGUAUAGUAUGAGAAAUUCAGUUCCAAUAAAAUUCCGCAGUAUGGCAUGAUCAUAUUAUUACAUUACUGGUCAGGCUUUAUAUUGCUGUGCAGCGCAUGAUGCCGGCGGUCAAUGCCGGUGUGCGAGCAGGACAGCAGUAUAAUUAUAUGCGUGUGUUAGAGUUAUAGGGACCGUGCGCGUUGGAGGGUCUGCCAUCUUGUGGCCUGAAUCGGAACCAUAAACAUGUACAUUUACACGUCACGUGUUUUCUUGUGCAUAGUAGGUUCUGCCAUCUUGUGGGCUACAUCGGAACAAUAAACAUCACAUUUACGCCUCGCGCCAAAAAUCUGACGGCUCCUGUGCUGCCUCCUAUAGUUCAUGCACGCUCCCUAUAGACAGGGUCAAUGUAUGAAAUUCUUCAUCCUUAGCUUAGCGUCCUUACUUUAGGAACAGAUGUAAAGAUACUUUUGUUUUUACGUUUAACCAGCAACCUAUGCACUAAUCCUAUAUGUAGAAGCACUGGCAUUACAGAUGUAAAGGCAAAAGGGGUUAUGUGGUCUUCAUAUCAAAAUGUACCUUAUGCAGUUCGCUUAAGGUACCUUUUGAUAUGGCAAGCUACAUAAAGUGAUAGUGACAAGUGAUAGUAGCUUACGUGUUUUUUCACUAUUUUGGCAAAACAAAGAUGGCGUUAGGAUGUAGUACAUUUCAAUAAUUACCGAUUUGAACGCCUAUAAGUUAUCACUUACCUGUUAUGGUUCUUAUAUACCUAGGUUUAACUCACUAAAUGGAUUAUUUUGUCGGGUGUUUGUAUAUUUGUGGUAAUAUUUAUGAAAAGGUUGCGCAGCGUUGUACUUGAUUGACGACCGGUUUGGCCUAGUGGAUAGUAUGAAGCUGAUGGUCCUGGGUUCAAAUCCUGGUAAGGGCAUUUAUUCGGGCGAUGAGCAUGGAUAUUUGUUCCUGAGUCAUGGCUGUUUUUUGUGUUUUUAAGUAUUUAUAUAUUAUGUAUAUCGUUGUCCAAGUACCCUCAACACAAGCCUUAUUGAGUUUACUGUGGGACUUAGUCAAUUUGUGUAAUAAUGUCCUAUAAUAUUUAUUUAUUACUUGUAUCGCAGCAUGGUUUAUAAUGGCGAAAGCGCUAUUGACAAUAAGGUACCUUUUCAUAGAUAAUGUCACAUUUAAAGUUAUUUUAAGAAUAAUGUUGACGCUUGAGCUACAAUCACUGUAUACUAGUUGGAGUUGUAUUAUGUUGGUUUUUAUGUAUAUGUUGUUCUCCCUGAUGUUAUGUUACUUGAAGAUUAUGCACAGUGCUCUUCAGAAUCAAAUCAAGCAGUACAUAGACUGCUUAUUAUACGAUAAAAUGUACUUUUUUCAUAUCAUAUGUACUGUUACCCUAAUUUCAUAUACAGUCAGAAGUGGCUAAACGGGCAAGUUGUUCAAAUUUAUCUACACACGCUCUUAUCCUGUUAAUAGAGCUGUGUUCAUAUCAUUUUGAAAACCUCGCCUGUAUAGCUACUUAUACUGCUGUCGGUACAUUUUGAAACAAUCAUUCAUUUUAAAAACUUUUUUUCUUGUGCAUAUAUUUUCUUAGUGUUUGUAACACGCAUUGUCUAUUUUUAUUUUAUAUUGCUUUUUAUAGCUUGAGUUUAACAGUAACCUUCUUAUACAUUAUUUUUUAUUUAACAUUAAAUUAUUUAAUUUAAGUAAUUUUUAUUGUACAGUUGAGAUCUACAUAUAAUCAAAUAAAUUAAUGGUCUUAACUGUACCAAUACAUAAUUUUUCUUAGUAUUUAUUUAUGUUAGUAUGUAUUUCAAUAUUUUAUUCAUAGACCCAAUUGUAACAUUAAGUAUUAUGUUGGAGAUCUAACAGUGUAUUAAUACUUUAAUUUAAGCCAGCUUCAAGUCUUUUUUUUUUUUAAGUUUGGGAGCUAUUCAUACGUAGUAUAUAUAUCAUUUGGAAGUAGAAAUAUAUAAGCGUAACGAGUAUCAAUAGGGAAUAUUACGCGAAACUCUGCGUAGGGGGCGCCACUACCACAAUCCAUCACAAUCUGAGGGUCUACCGCGAAACAAGAAAAUCGAAAUUUCGUUAUCUAACCUCUCUAUCACUCUUGCAUAUUCGAGCGAUAAAGAGGCAGAUAACUAAAUUUCGACUUUCGCGUUUGCCGACAGGCCCUUUGUAAACAAACCGCCUUGAUGCAUCAAUGUCAUAUUUUAUUAUCUGUGUAAAUUUGAUAAAAAACAGUUUAAGGCACAGUAUGUAUAAGUUACUAUAUAGUUUACGAUAGGUGCUAGUGCUGCACUCUGGCGGCAGAUCAUUGCAGUAAUACUCCCUAUUCGAUAGCCACUUUUAUAAGGCCUAGUUUUAGAUAUACGAACGUUUGAGACACAGGUAAGGCACAGAUUCAGUGUUAUUUUAGAUUUGAUAUUUAAAGUCUUUAGUUUUUGAACUCAACUCGUCAAAAGAAUCAAUUCAUUAUUAUGUUAAACCGCAAACGGAAGGCGCCAUCAAAAAGUUUCGGGGGGCUAUUUAAUAUUUGUUAAAUAUCAUCUCUAUAGCCGUACCAACGAUAAUUUGAAAUAGAGGUGGAUUAUCAAAGAAAACUUUGUAGCCACAGUAGUAAAUUUACUCCCAUUUUUCGACACAUGAUUAAAACUUUUGGAAAGCCAUUUGACUUUGAUCCUUAUUCUUUUAAUAGAUCAAAUGCCAAAGGUAUGGCGGCAUCGUUUCGAGCGAUGGCGCCACAACCUUUAGCCGAUGCUCGGUAAGAUGGCGCCACGCGUCCUGCUACAUCUGAUUGUUCAUUAUGAAUCUACCGGCUAACAACAUAGGGUUGAUAAUUGAUAAACAUUACGCUCACAUAUAGUGUCGAUUAGUAAGGGACGUUCAUUUCAGUAUUGGCUGCUAUAGUGUGAAUUUUCUCAAAUGAUUUUUAGGCCUCAGACUCUAAUCUUUUAUGUGAGCGGUCAGCUGCCGUAUUAGCCACGUGGCAAAGCAACAAUGUCCUAUAAAAAGCAACUGUAUCGUGAUAGUAUUAAGGGUCAAAUCUAUGUAAUAAUAUGAGCGCUCUCCUACAUUGAGGUGGUCGUUCGUCCUACAUUACCAAACUUGUUAACUUAUCAGCUGUUUACAUAGAUU